AUGAGCAAGAAAUGGGUAAUCGCCUCACCCAAAAUCACGGAAGCCCUGCUUAAUGCUGACGAGGAAAGGGUAGUCGGAGUGACUUCGAACUUGGGCUGGGAUGCGGAUGAGACAAGUAUUGUUCUUUUCACUCAGUGGUACCUAGGACUUCCAGAAGAGAUGAAAACCUCUGAGAGAGCAGUAAUGGGAGCAGCAUGUACAGAACUGCUGAAGUGGACAAGGAAGGAGAUGGGAAUGGUGACAGAAACCAGACUGAAAACUGUCAAGGACGGUACUGGAUUUGACAUUGUGGCCAUAGCUAAAAACUUCAGACAUCCAAUGAAGCCCCAUACUUUAAGACUUCUGAGUGAUGUGACUACUAAUGAAGUGACCAUCACACUUCAAUCACGUUUCAACAACGACGAGCAUAUACAGAACAAACAGUUUGACAGUAUUGUUGUGUCAUUCCUCCCCUUGGAUGAGAGCAAAAUCAAGCUUGCAAUUGCUUACCAACAAGAUAGAAGCCAUAGCAAACACAAUCUGAACACCUCAAUUCAUUAUCUCAGCACACUAGCGCCUGAUGUGACAAUAGAAGCAGUAAGAAAAAUACUGAUAAGAGUGAAUGCAAAGAGUUCAAUGCCUCUACCUAAUGCUGGCCUACCACUAAUCGUUCAGGACAGGAGGGCCCAAAACCUGAAAGAAACGCUCAAAGGUCCUCACAGUGUCCACGCCAAUGAUACGAAAGUCAAUCAUAGUACCAAAAUCAAUGAAAGUACCAAAGCGGACGAAGUUAGCCAAGUGAGACAUGGCUCAAAGGGGCUCAAGCAACACCAGUAG